AUGCCUUCACUAAGUGAUCUACCAGCAGACGUUCUUGACAAAGUAGUUCAGAAUUUGAAUCAGUUCCAGGCAACCAAGCUCGCUCCACUACACUCCAAGUUUCAAGAUGCGGUUAAACGGAAACUUUACAAUCAUAUAUUUAUAUACGGAGAUAAAGACACUUUUAGUCGAACUUAUUUGAUGGUGGAGCCAUCAGUCAUAAAAAUUCGUGAAUCUAUAAACAACAUAGUGACAAAUAAAUGGACAGUGGUUUUUGAAGAAACUGUUAAACGUCACUUGUCACAAAUGGAUGCUAGCCAACCUAUACUUUUUCUUCAAAUGAGUGCCAUGUCCGAGGAUACUUUAAAGUUAAUUUUUAACCAUUUCAAGCUGAUUAAAUAUUUCUCGCCCACAAGGAAGCAGUGGAAAGGAAACCCAGAACUGGAGUGUAUUGUUACUGGUAGUUCAAAUACAUUUUACAAUUCCUACAGACUCAAUGGCAAGUGGAGCAACAUUGUUUCCCAAAGUCCCGAUAAAUAUGACUACAUACACAAGGCAGAUAUUGACUUGGUUGAGAUGCCGUAUUUUAAUCAAUUAUCAAACUUGAAACAACUUUGUGUUCACGUAAAGCCACAUCAUGACCUAAAUCGGAUCUCCCCAUGCACAUUGAAAUUGUACAGUCUCAAAUUGUAUCUCGAAGGAUCAGAAUUGGAGAUUAAACGGUAUUUUGACACCCUGCAUAUUCGUCAACUUUGCAUAGACAGUCCACAUUAUUUAAAACCCGUACUUGGAUCCGGAAGUCUCGAUGUUGCAUACCCUUUGUUGGAAGUAAUGGCUAUCUACCAGGCUCCCAAAUUUGAUUCCUCCGAUGAUUAUGAGUGGAUUUUCGACGCAUUUGAAACGUUAAAUCUCCUGUCCCAUUUGAGCUUAAAUGAGAUGCACAUUAAUACAUAUGUGUAUUGCGACUCCGUAAUUCCGGAAGUUUGCAAACUAACUUUGGCAUACCCCAAUACAAGUAUAAACUGGUGGGAUGUAGAUUUGUUUGACUCAGAGGUUGACCUAUUGCAACUCGCAAUCUCGCCUCGUACGGGCCCAUCAUGUGUUGGAUUUUACUGGAGUACAGAAGAAGAGAGUUCUUAUCUGGAUGCUGUUUCACCCAACAAUGGGUCAAUAGGAGUUGAGAAAGCCCAUGCUAUCACUUUGGAAGGUAAUAAGGAGCUUGUUGUUAAGUUUGAAACUCCGAUUUAUGAAUUAGUGCGUGAUAGUUCUAGUGAAUUGGAAUGUGAUAUAUAG